ACGCGGCCCGGCCCCCGGCUCCGGUUCCCGGGGCGGCGGGCGGCCGCUCACUAUGCCCGGCAAGCACCAGCACUUCCAGGAUCCCGAGGUCGGCUGCUGUGGGAAAUACUUCCUGUUUGGCUUCAACAUUGUCUUCUGGGGCGUCCUCUCCAACAUCUCGGCGCUGACAGAUCUGGGCGGUCUUGACCCGGUGUGGCUGUUUGUGGUGGUCGGGGGCGUCAUGUCGGUGCUGGGCUUUGCUGGCUGCAUCGGGGCUCUCCGGGAGAACACGUUCCUGCUCAAGUUUUUCUCUGUGUUCCUCGGCCUCAUCUUCUUCCUGGAGCUGGCGACGGGGAUCCUGGCCUUUGUCUUCAAGGACUGGAUCCGAGACCAGCUCAACCUCUUCAUCAACAACAACGUCAAGGCCUACCGGGACGACAUUGACCUCCAGAACCUCAUCGACUUUGCUCAGGAAUACUGGUCUUGCUGCGGAGCCCGAGGGCCCAACGACUGGAACCUCAACAUCUACUUCAACUGCACUGACUUGAACCCGAGCCGGGAGCGCUGCGGGGUGCCCUUCUCCUGCUGCGUCAGGGACCCUGCGGAAGACGUCCUCAACACGCAGUGUGGCUACGAUGUCCGGCUCAAACUGGAGCUGGAGCAGCAAGGCUCUAUCCACACCAAAGGCUGCGUGGGCCAGUUUGAGAAGUGGCUGCAGGACAACCUGAUCGUCGUGGCCGGGGUCUUUGUGGGCAUCGCCCUCCUCCAGAUCUUUGGCAUCUGCCUGGCCCAGAACCUUGUGAGUGACAUCAAGGCUGUGAAGGCCAACUG